AUGGCGGCGAUGACGGUGCGCGAGGUGUUGUACAUGUACAGCGUCGCAUGGCAGGCAUACAACCGGUUCUUGUCCGUGUGCGGGAACCCAGAGAAAGCCCAGAAUGCGGUGGCGCUGCUGGUGUGGCUGGACCAGGGCACCAUCUCCGCCAUCCACCACGUCCCACCCAUGGUGCCCGACGUCAUCGUCGUCGUCGCAGAAGAGGCCAACGCCGUCCUCGAGUGCCUCCGCCACCAGAAACCUGCGCUCCCGCCCAUCCCGAUCAUCUCUGCGCUCUGCAUGCAAGGCGGUGUCCACAUCGAGCCGGGCUUCUUCACCUUCCACCAGGACCUCGUCGUCCGCGGGACUGGGAUGAUUGUCAACCCGCCGGAGCUCAUGGUGCCCUACACCUCCCAACCAGUGGCAGUGUCGGAGGACUGCCGCUCCAUGUUCAUCACCUUCUCCAAAGGAAAUGCCCUCCACCAUGAGGAGAUCUUUGAGUACUUCAGGCACAAGUGGGGUGACUGUGUGGUAAGGGUACUGAUGGAGAAGACUAAGGGAGGCCACAUGCCCAUGUAUGGCCGGAUCAUCUUCAAGACAGAGGCGAUCGGGAAGCUCGUGCUCAACGGCGAGAUGCUCGUCAAGAUCCCCAUAGGACAACGUGAGAUUUGGCUCCGCAAGUACGUCCCCAGGCCAACCAAGGCUGCUGUUUGA